ACACACACACACACACACACACACACACACACACUAUCCCAGCCAGGCAAAUGUAGAGCGUCAGAGAGAGAGAGGGAGAGCGAGCGAGGCAGUGGGAGCGUGAGCAGGAAGCAGAGCAGAGCUGCCUGACAGUCCAGAAUCAGGGUUCACAGCAGCUGGAUCCUCACGAGCAUCUUCUGCAGACCUGCUGCUCCACAUGAGCAGGACCUGCAGACCACUGGAUCUCCUGCUGGUGAUUCAUACUUCUCAAAUCGGGAAGUGGAGUUUCGUGGACUUCAGAGCUUCAGUUCCUUCAGGAAGGUUUCAAGGAGUUAACGUCUGAUCUGGAACCAGAAGGAUCAGUGUGUGUUUUGGUCAAUUCUCCAGAGACGAGUGGAACAGAGUGUUUUCAGUCCUGGAGGUUUCACUUCAUCACUUUGAAAGAAACAUUGUGUGACUUCCUGUGAAGCGUGGAGUCGUCUGGAUGUGGUCGAUGACCUGGAGAUCUGCUGACUGGCUUCAUGAUGAUUCUACGUCAUCAGCUCAGGUGAAGGAGGCAGUUUGACCUGAAGGAUCUCAGAAUGUUUUAGAGUCAGAUACCAGCCACUCGUCAUCACUCCAGAGGAGCAGCAGACGAGGAGCUGAGGAGGAUGUUCAGAGAAGAUCUCCUUAGAGAGAUGCAAAGUGACUGGAGGAAUCUCUGCUGCACAUUUAGGAUCUUAUCUUCUUCAGCCUGUGGGACCAAACGUCAGGAUUGAUCUUCAGAGAAGCUCCUGGAGCCACUUAGCGGAGCUGGAAAGAGAGAGAGUCAGUCGUCUGCGUGUCGACUGAAACCUGCACAGACCCAACCAGUGAGGUCGACUGAAUAGAAGUGAAAAUCUACUGGGAGCCAUUGGGAAACAGCUGCAGUGGCUGUCGCCUCCUCACCUCCUCGCCUCCUCGCCUCCUCGCCUCCUCGCCUCCUCGCCAGCCACAUCCCCAUCACUGAGGAACAGAAGCUGAAGUGGAGGAGGCAGAGAAUCACCAUCUCGUCUCCUCUCUCCUUCAGGGUCACGUUCUGUCUCUGAGGACGGUUUGUUGCAGCCGGGCUCUGGGACGUCUGAUCUGUCCCACCUCGAGGACAUCGUCCACACUUCAGGACAGAACUCCUCCACCGACACCAACUAGGAGUUCUUCUCUGUUCUGACCUCCAGGAAACUGGAACUCAUCCAUUUCUGAUCAGAGGAGCUCGUUGAGAAGCAGAGAGGCUCCAUGCUGCAGGAUGUUAUAGAUCUGAGAUGUUUCCAGUUUGAAGAUCUCGACCCACCUGAUGUGUGAACCCUAACCCUAACCCUAUGUCAGAAUGGAAAACUAGACCUGCAACAGAGAGUUCUCCUGGAGGAGGAGCCGAGCUGGAGGUCAGAGCGCUGGACUGUCAGCUUCUGGAACGUGAGGCUCUGAUUGGAUGAUCACAGACUUUACUCUUCUUCUUCCUCAUGACUGAACGCACAUUUCUGGAUCUUGGAUUUCCACCUUAACUUCCUGCAGAGGAUCAUGGGAGAUAUAAAGACACAGGUGCUGACGACAUGAGCUCAGAAGUGGACUGGACCUUUUUCUGACUUCUCCUGAACUGGUUCUAUUUUUGAGCAGAGAGAUUUGGAAUCUAGAGUUCUGUUGCUUCUCUCUGCAGCUGGACCCUUUCCGACCGGGGAUCCAGACUCCCAGCAUGCUGCCUGGAGGAGGGGUGCCAGGUGGAGGGGGGCGGGCCGGGGGCAGGAUGGGCCUGCUCCGGUGGCUGGGCCUCCGGCUGUGGUCCCGCCGGGGGACCCUGGUGUUCGCCCUGCUCUGGUUCGGAUCCUGGUUGUUCCUGAACGGCCUGGUUCUGGUUCACAGAAGCAUCAUGUCCGACUACUGCACCGACGACAAGAGCAAGAGGAUCCUGCAGAGACUGUGUCUGGAGUUUGGGGACGGCUCGGUGACGGGGGACAUGUGUGAGGACCUGUGCGUCCUCGGCCUGGUCGAGUACAAGCGCUGCCUCUACUACGAGAACGGGAAGAAGGUGAUGGAGGCUCGAUGGAGAGGACAACCCAUCAUCCUGAAGUCCAAGCUGGAGAACUUCUCCUCGUACGAGCCUCUGGGGAUCCUGGACUACCAGGACACAGCCGAGGAGCUCUCGCCUCUCGAUGUGGUUUUCUACGCCACUCUGGAAGUACGCAACUCGCUGGGGCUGGCUGAGGAAGACGAGGAUGAGGAAGGAGGAGGAGGAGGAAGUAACAGCUCUCUGGCCAAACUGUGGGGGAAGAAGCUGAAGAACCAAGAGAAGAGCUUCUCCCGAGCAGAGCUGGCGUCCCUGUGGUCCCUGCUGCAGCAGGAGGAGUACACCUUCCUCAGAGUCCUGCAGGACCUCAGCGUCCACGUGGCGAAGGUCCUGGGCUCCUGUGGUCACUUCUACGCCGUGGAGUUCCUGUCUGCAGGACACGCCUGGGACCAGAACAUCUUCUCCCUGGAGGACGUGUCCGGGCUGCGGGGACAGGACCUCGGGGGGGCCCGCGGGAGGUGGACAGCCCGGGACAUGGUCCACCGCAUCGCGCUGAGCUUCCUGGACAUGGUCUGGCACUUUGACCACGACUUCACCCACAGACUGCACCUGUGUGACAUCAAGCCGGAGAACUUUGCCAUCAGGACGGACCUGACGGUGGUGGCGAUCGACGUGGACAUGGCGUUCUUCGAGCCGAAGAUGAGGGACAUCCUGGACCAGAACUGCAGCAGUGAUGAAGACUGCAACUUCUUCGACUGCUCGUCCAGAUGCGUCCAGAGGAGGUGCAGCCCCCAGCGCCGGAACAGCAACCUGCAGGUGAUUUGUGAGAAGAUCUUCCGACCCUGGUUUUCUCCGACUCUGCUCGGGGCCAAAGCAGGGCUCCCCCUGCAGGUGGAGCUGCAGCGAGCGGUGCAGGCGUGUUCGGAAACAGACGGAGGUGUGGAGGAAAAAGAAGAGGAUUCAGCAGGAGGAGGAGGAGCAGGAGGAGGAGGAGCAGGAGGAGGAGGAGCAGCAGGAGGAGGAGCAGCAGGAGGAGGAGCAGCAGGAGGCGGCAGAGACGUUCAUCAGCGUCUCCUCAACAUCCUGACCCGCCUCCUCCAUGAUGGAGGGGCUUCAGGUGAGCGAGGAGGAGCCCAGGAGGAGAAAGAUCAUGCUGCACUGAACUUCUGAGGAGAUGAAGGAAGGAGGAGAAACAGGUCUUCAUCAGGCCUGGACCUGGAGUCUUAUGUCCUGUGUCUUCUGGACUCUUCUCUGAGACUCUUGUUCUCAGGAAAGAAUCAGAAGCCAACGAGAUGGAGUCUCUAGAGAUGAGGACCAUCUGAGACCCAGUCUGAGGUUCAGGUCCAGAGGCUCUGGACCCGUCAGGAGAUCUCACUCAUGCUCUUGUGUCUGAACUGGAGGAACUUCCUGCUGCAGGUUCUGGAUGUUCUUAGACUUUGAGUCCAUCCAGGAGACAAACUCUGCAGAUCUCAUCUGUACACGAGGCCUGGACACUGGGACCUGACCAGUAACAUCUCCUGGAUCCUGGAUGUUUCCUUCAUGAAACCAGUUAGUCUCCAUGAGAUUCAAUCAACUCUCUCGUUUGAGGAGAAACUGAAAAACAUCUUUGUUCAUAGAAAGUGAAACGUUCUCCUCCAUGAUUUAACUUCACUGACGUCUUCUCUGAUCUUUACUCAUUGUUUAGUUGGUUUGUAUUAAUCUGAUGUUCUUGAAGGCAGGUAACUUAUUCUAAGACUUAUUUUAUUAAAAACAAUUUGCAUCCAGCUUCUGUAAAAGUUAUGAAGAUUCUUUGUCUCUAACAGAAUUUCAUCUCAUUAAAAACAACAUGUUGAUUUGAGUGACUGAACAUGAUCCUCCUCAUAAAGGGUGAAUAUGAAGCUACAGCCAGAGGUCGUUAGCUUAGCUGAGCAUAAAGACUGGAAACGGGGGGGGCAGUUAGCCUGCAUCAGAAGGGCAGUGACUGAACCAUUAGAUAUUAUUUUGAACCAGAGAUCAGUAAUGAGCUACUGUACUGAAUUGAUCAUGUUUGUAAAUAAACAGAGAGAAUCUUUGUGUGACAGACGAGGGGAUGAGAAUCUUUGUUUACAUCAAAAUAAUAAAAUCUAAAACGAU